AACGCCGCCUCCGCCUACUGCGCCGCUCGGAGCUGGCACGUCACCACCAAACCUCCGUUGGCAGCGACGGUGGCGGCGGUGUCUGGCUGCUGCUGGACCCGAGAAAAGCUGCCCCGUCGGGAAGGCCCGGGACGCCGCAGACCCCGGGGCGGACUCGGCUGGGAGGAGGCGGACUCCGAGCGGCGGCGGUAGCGGUAGCGGUAGCGGCAGCGGCGGCGGCGGCGGCGGCGACGACCAGGGUCAGACUCCGACCCGGCCCGAGGAAGCUCCUGCCCGGUGGGUGAGGCCUGCCCGGCCUGGUCCCCGUAGCGUCCCCAUCGCGAUCGCCCUCCCCACCCCUACCCCCUUCGCCACCAUCUCCGCCCCUACCUGCAGGAUGGCGAGCAGCAUAGUUGGGGGCAAGUACGAGCUGCUGCGGAAGGUCGGGGCCGGCUCGUUCGGCGACAUCUACCUGGCCAUCAACAUCACGAAUGGCGAGGAGGUGGCGGUGAAGCUGGAGUCGCAGAAAGCCAAGCACCCCCAGCUGCUGUACGAGAGCAAGCUGUACAAGGUCCUGCAAGGCGGGGUGGGCAUCCCCCACAUGCGCUGGUACGGCCAGGAGAAGGACUACAACGUCCUCGUCAUGGACCUCCUGGGGCCCAGCCUGGAGGACCUCUUCAAUUUCUGCUCCCGCAGGUUCACCAUGAAAACCGUGCUGAUGCUGGCCGACCAGAUGAUCAGCAGAAUUGAGUAUGUGCAUACCAAGAACUUUAUCCACAGGGACAUUAAACCUGAUAAUUUCCUGAUGGGGAUUGGGCGCCAUUGUAAUAAGCUAUUCCUUAUUGACUUUGGACUGGCCAAAAAGUAUCGAGACAACAGAACAAAACAGCAUAUACCCUACAGAGAAGAUAAAAACCUCACUGGCACUGCCAGGUAUGCCAGCAUCAAUGCACACCUUGGCAUCGAGCAGAGCCGUCGAGAUGACAUGGAGUCCCUGGGCUAUGUGUUGAUGUAUUUUAACAGAACCAGCUUGCCCUGGCAAGGACUGAAAGCUGCAACCAAGAAGCAAAAGUAUGAAAAGAUCAGCGAAAAGAAGAUGUCCACCCCGGUGGAAGUUCUAUGCCAGGGGUUUCCUGCAGAAUUUGCCAUGUAUCUCAACUACUGCCGUGGCCUGCGCUUUGAAGAGGCACCGGAUUACAUGUAUCUGAGGCAGCUAUUUCGUAUUCUUUUCAGGACUCUGAACCACCAGUAUGACUACACUUUUGAUUGGACAAUGUUAAAGCAGAAAGUGACCUAAAACACAGGCUCUUCUAGUGGGUAGGGUCGGCAGACCCCCAAACCCCACAGGUUUCCAAGCAUGAAGAGAAACACAUGAAGUAGAGCAGAUGAUUGGAAUAGGACUAUGUUGCUCCCCAAAUCUGGACAUUUUCGUUCAUAUGUACACUUGCCAGUGGUUGUGGACAACCCUUUACUUGAUAUAAAGAACUUAAUUUCAGUAUAAACUGGCUCUGGUCAACAUUGGUGAUGCUGCCUUCUGAGUUGUAGCUGCUGUGAUCAUGAAUAUUAACUGAGAUAGUGAAACAUGUCCAAUUUUUGCAUUUUUAAGUGAAAAAAUUAAAUGAUUAACACAAGUGGAGAGAAAUUGUGCAUAUUGCAAUUUUUGUUACCUUUUAUUUUAAAUUACGCUGCAGUGAAAUCUCAUUUCAUAAGAACAGCAUGAACAUUGUUCAACCACAGUUGUAAUACGUGUAAAUGCUCGCAAUUGUGUACUCUUAAAGUAUUUUUUCCCUCCCUGAGGUUUGAAAGUUGUAAACAUUCUUAAAAUUGUUGACUUCUAUGUGCAAGCCAGCUGACAUGGUAGCAACCAAAGAUUCAGACUGCCUGCUUACUGUGCUAGAAAUAACAGCAUCUAAAGUGAAGAUUUAAAACAAACUUAGUGACUACUAGAUUAUCUUUAGAAUUCUGCAUUAACUCUAUAAUAUUCUUGCUGUUAAAAAAAAUUGUCACAGAAAGUUAACAUCUUAAAACUGAACUUGUAUGUAAGUUGUUUAUGUAAAUGUAAUCACUGUAAACAUCUAUAUGACCUGUGAUUGUGUUUUUAUUUUGAAAUGGGAGCUUUUUUGUUUACAAAUUCAUUAAAAACUAAAAGUUGUUUCUGGUUAAAAAAAAA